AUGUUUCCAGCAAGUAGUGCCACAGCAAUGAGAAGAUUCAACAACACUUUCCAUCACCUCAGUGGCUUUGUUCUAGUAGGUUUUUCUGAAUGGCCCAAACUAGAAAUGUUUCUUUUUAUGAUCAUCUCUACCUUCUAUAUAUUGACCCUUCUUGGAAAUUCAGCUAUCAUUUUCUUGUCCCGCUUUGACACCAUGUAUUUCUUUCUGGCUAAUCUCUCCUUUUUGGACCUCUGCUAUACAGCUUCCACAGUCUCCAAGAUGCUGAUAAAUAUACACAGUCACAAAAGAAGCAUCAGCUAUGUGGGAUGUAUAGCUCAACUUUUCAUCUUCCUAGGUCUAGGAUCUAGUGAAUGUGUACUUCUCUCAGUAAUGGCAUUUGAUCAAUAUGUAGCUAUCUGCCAGCCUCUCCACUACACAGUUAUCAUGCAUUCUCGGCUAUGCCAACAACUAGCAACAGUGGCUUGGAUAACAGGUUUCAGCAACUCCUUGGUGCAAACAGUGYUGACUUUCUUAUUACCUCGUUGUGGCCAAUAUCGAGUAGAGAGUUUCUUCUGUGAGGUACCUGCCAUGCUUCAAUUAUCAUGUGUGGAUACACGGAUCAGUGAGGUGGAGAUGUAUGCAGCUGUGAUCGUCAUAAAGGUUAUUCCUGUUGGAUUAAUUCUUUUCNAAUAAUUGAAUCGCAGAAUAAGUAGGCUUGUUCUGCCACUUACUACCUAUACCAUUGCAAGGCAAAAGGCCUUCAACACAUGUGGGUCUCAUCUUCUGGUGGUCAUCAUGUUCUAUGGCUCUGCCAUUAGUGGUUAUGCAUAUAUGGCACCCAAGAGUAACUCAGCCAAAUUGAAGGGCAAGCUUCUUGCACUCUUCUAURGACUCAUAACUCCAAUGCUCAAUCCCCUUAUCUACACUUUGAGAAAUAAGGAUGUUAAGAGAGCAAUAAACAAGCUACUAGGGAGAGAACAAGAACAAGGAUGGAACAUGGCUUAG